CUAAAACUAAAUCUAAUUGAGCAAAUUAUACUCCCAAGCAGAUUAUAGAAGUCAUCGUACGGUACCAUUACCAACAAAAAUACAUAGACUACUAAUCUUUGCCUUUCGUCGCUCCCUCAAGUUGCAACCGUCGUCGCGCUUAACAUUCCGGCGAUAAAUUGCUUUUUUACUUCGUCGGUUUUCAGAUCGAGCUCCUCGUUUUCAGACGAUCGGAGCUUCCGCUCUUGGUCUCUCUGAGAGUCGUUUGAUAUUAUUCGUGGCAUAUGUGAUUGAUCGAAGAACGUGUGUGUGUGUGUGUGUGUGACCUUGUUCCCCCCUUUUUACAUCGGACUCAUAGCUACAAGAUAAAAUAGUUUCUUUUGGCUUGGCCCUCCGUUGUCAAACUACAGAGGAAGAUGUUUGGCUCAUCUAAUCCUUUUGGACAGUCAUCUGGUAGCAGCCCAUUUGCGUCCCAAUCUUUAUUUGGUCAGACCAGCAAUUCAAGUAGUAAUAAUCCCUUUGCUCCAGCAACACAGUUUGGUACGUCUACUCCUUUUGCUGCACAGACGGGAAGUUCAAUAUUUGGAAGCACUUCAACCGGUGUUUUUGGUGCACCUCAAGCAUCCUCUCCCUUCGCCUCCACCCCAACUUUUGGAGCUUCUUCAUCACCAGCAUUUGGGAAUUCUACUCCGGCCUUUGGAGCAUCUCCAGCAUCUUCACCUUUUGGUGGGUCUUCUGGUUUUGGGCAGAAACCUUUGGGAUUUUCAACGCCCCAGUCAAAUCCUUUUGGAAGCACGAUGCAGCAAUCCCAACCUGCAUUUGGAAACAGUACUUUUGGUUCAUCUACACCUUUUGGUGCCACAAACACACCUGCCUUUGGCGCAUCAAGCACGCCUUCCUUCGGUGUCACUAGCACACCCUCGUUUGGUGCAUCGAGCACGCCUGCCUUUGGUGCCACAAGCACGCCUGCCUUUGGCGCCUCAAACUCUCCCUCCUUUGGCGUCACAAACACACCUGCAUUUGGCGCGUCACCGACUCCAGCUUUUGGUAGCACUGGCACCACGUUUGGCAACACUGGCUUUGGUUCUGGAGGUGCUUUUGGAGCAUCAAGCACCCCUGCUUUUGGAGCUUCAAGCACCCCUGCUUUUGGUGCAUCAGGCACUCCUGCAUUUGGUGCAUCAAGUACACCUGCCUUUGGGGCAUCUAGUACACCUGCCUUUGGGGCAUCCAGUACACCUGCCUUUGGGGCAUCCAGUACACCUUCUUUUGGGGCAUCAAAUACCUCAUCCUUUAGUUUUGGCUCCUCGCCAGCCUUUGGCCAGCAGUCUACAUCCGCGUUUGGUAGCAGCGCUUUUGGCUCUACACCAUCUCCUUUUGGAGGUCAAGGUGCGCAGGCUUCAACCCCAAAUUUUGGGGGUUCUGGUUUUGGUCAAUCACCUUUCGGUGGUCAACAAGGGGGUAGUCGAGCCGUGCCUUAUGCACCGACAGUUGAGGCAGAGGCAGGGAGCGGUACGCAGCCUGCUGGAAAGUUGGAAUCUAUUUCUGCCAUGCCAGCAUACAAAGAUAAAAACCAUGAGGAGCUUAGGUGGGAAGAUUACCAACGAGGAGAUAAAGGUGGACCACUUCCUGCUGGCCAGUCUCCUGGAANGCAUAGAAAGUGUCCAAUUGUUUUAUAA